GAGGGCUCCGCUUACGACGGCUAUAUACUUAAUAACGCUCGCUCGUACUAUAGGUUUAGUAUGCUAGAAGGACGAUAUUAUCUCGCUAAUACUAGCUAUCUAAACAACGCGCCUUAUAUAGUGCUAUAUAGAGGGGUGCGGUAUUACCUACGCAAGUAG